AUGACCUUCCCCAUGGCAGACAUUGCAGCAUUUAGUCUUGGGGCACCCUUUUGCCACAUCUUUGAACAAGUCACAAUUUCAGCAUAUGUACACUUGCUGGCAAUCUUCUUUGGAAUGUCCAUAUACAUGACAUAUGAGACAAAAACUGCCCACACCAUCAUAAAACAAGUCCCCAUAAUGCUUUCCGGUGUUAAAACAGGCUGGUGGUACAACCUCCAGGUACCUCCUCUUCUUAGUCCAGAGUCCAAACUGGUUUGCCACAUUAUGCAGAAAUUUUACUUUCUCACAGUAAAUGAAAAGUUCAUGAUUGUGCUGUUUUUCCAGUGUUUUAAUAAAAUCAAUGCAGAGUUUGAAUCCCAGAGAGUCCUGACACGUAUCAUUAAAGCAGUUGAGGAAUAUGAAUAUAUCCAGGAAGGAGACAUCAUGAUCGGAGGGGUGAUGACUGUACAUUUAAAUGUGUUUAAUUUUAUAUUUCCAUGGGACAAUUCCACAAGAUUGCUGUGUACUGAUCCAAUUGAUGAAAAUAUAAGACAUUUAAUGAAUUUUCGAUUUGCUGCUGAGCAAACUAACAAGGAUCCAGAGAGGUUACCCAAUGUGACUCUGGGGUACCAUAUAUAUGAUUCCUGUGGGAGUGCACUGAAGGCAGUGAGGAGUGUAUUACAGAUAUUAUCUGGUACCAGGGAGCCAGUUCCCAAUUACUCCUGUGUGGGAAAGAGAAACAUUGCUGGAUUUAUUGGGGAUCUCACCUCAGAGACAACUGUACCCAUAGCCCAGAUUCUCACUCUGUAUGGAUAUUCCCAGAUCAGUUAUGGAGCUACAGACCCAUUGCUCAGUGACAGAGUCAUGUUCCCAUAUGUAUUCCGGACAGUACAGAGUGAUGAAUCCCAUUAUUUUGUUAUGAGUAAAUUACUGAGACAUUUUGGCUGGACCUGGGUUGGGGUAAUUACAUCUGAUGAUAUCAGUGGAGAGAGAGAACAUCAGAUCUUGGCCAAGUAUCUCUCCAGGGAAGGCAUCUGUAUUGAGUUCUCAUUAGGAAUAAAUAUGAAUAUUUAUAAAAACUUCCAAUGGAAGAAGGAUAACAAGAUAAUUCAGGAAAGUUCUACCAAUGUUAUUAUACUUUGUGGAACAGUUUCUAUGAUGUUCCUUCAAAGAGUAUAUUAUGACCCCCAUAUAAAGGGAUUUCCUGAAAAGACAUUCAUCCUUUCACCCAACUGGGGAUCUAUGGAAGCCAUUCUUUAUUAUGCCGUAGAAAUAUUUAAUUGCAGUCUGGUCCUUGUGCCAGAGUACCACUAUGAUCUGGAUACUCCUGAAAUGAGGAGCUUUUUAGAGAAAUCCCAUCCUUCUAAUUACCCAGAAGACAAGUUACUGGAAGAUAUAUGGAUGAUUUAUUUGGAUUGUUUGUCAGAAGACCAAAAGAAGAAUGAUUUGUAUAAAUAUAUUUACACAUACAUUGAUUUCCAUACCUGCACUGGGAAGGAGCGUAUUACAGACCUUGAUUAUUUCAGAGGAAAACACAACUCUCCCCAAGUGCAUCUGGCAGUUGAUAUGAUGUCUCGCGCUCUACAUGAUAUGAACAUGAAGCUUAAUAAGAAAUCUCAAGAGAAGAGAAAAAUGGAUAUUUAUAUGCACCAGUUGCACCUUUAUCUGAAAAGGAUUCAGUACAGAUCUAAACUUGGUCAAACCUUCUCCUUUAAUGAGAACAGAGAGUAUAUUACUAAAUACUCAGUCUACAGCAACUUCAUGGCUUCUCCCAAAUUGCUGAUUAAAAACUUCCUUGGUGAGUUCUCCCCUUGGGCACCAUUGGAUCAGCAGCUGAAUAUAACCUCAACAUCAGUUCCAUGGAAUACAAAGGAUAAUACAAUCCCGAGAUCUCAAUGUUCAGUCAGUUGUUUUCCAGGACAGAGGAAGAUGCCGAUUCCCAGAGCCCAGUCCUGCUGUUAUAAUUGUGUUCCAUGUGCCGAGGGAGAGAUCUCUAAUACAACUGACAGUGUGAGCUGUAUUAGAUGCCCAGAUAUGGAAUGGCCAAAUGAGAAGAAGAGUCAUUGUAUUGGAAGAGAGGAAGAUUUUCUCUCAUACACUACAUUUAUCUCUAUUGUUAUCUCAGUUGCCCUAGUUCUGUUUUUGCUUAUAACACAUCUUAUAUUGGGAGUAUUUAUUAAAUACCAGGACACACCCAUAGUGAGAGCCAACAACAGGAGCCAGAGCUUCCUCCUCCUUGUCUCCAUCAAGCUGAGCUUCCUCAGUGUGUUUCUGUUCCUCGGUCGCCCUGUGGAUAUAACCUGCAUGCUGCGUAUCAUCACUUUUGGAAUCACCUUCUCCAUAGCUGUCUCUUCUCUCCUGGCCAAGACUAUCAUGGUUUGUGUUGCCUUCAAAGCCACCAAGCCAGGGAGCUCAUGGAGAAAAUGGGUGGGAGUCAAACUGUCCAAUUCUGUCGUCUUGUUCUGCUCAUCCAUUCAAAUAAUAAUCUGCAUGACUUGGUUGGCCAUUUCUCCUCCCUUUCAGGAACUGGACCUUCACACUUACCCUGGAACCAUCAUCAUUCAGUGCAAUGAGGGCUCAGCUAUUGGCUUUUACUCAGUUAUUGGGUAUAUGGGGCUUCUGGCAGCUGUUAGUUUUGUUUUAGCAUUUUUAGCUCGGACAUUACCGGACAGUUUUAAUGAGGCCAAGUACAUCACUUUCAGCAUGUUGCUCUUCUGCAGUGUUUGGAUCACAAUGAUCCCGGCCUAUCUGAGCACCAAAGGCAAAAACACUGUGUGUGUGGAGAUAUUUGCCAUACUCACCUCAAGUGCUGGACUUUUAUUCUGUAUAUUUCUGCCCAAAUGUUAUAUCAUCAUAUUGAGACCUGAUAUUAACAUAAAAUCCAAUUUACUUUACAAAGACUAA